CUCAUCAAAUGUAUUUUUCUGUAUACUGUUAAUCCAAAUCAUCAAAACGUAUUGUAUUUUUUUUUUCGGUAUGUGUGUGCGUGUGUUGGUGUGUAUAUGUCAUCGUGCCAGUAAUAUUUCAAAAAAAUAUCAAAUUUUAAACUUUUAAUUAAUCGUCAUCACUUUUUUCAAUUCAAUUUGGUUUUGUUUUAUCAUUUUUAUCAAUUGAUCCCUAAAAAAUUCGAAGGGAAAAUUGGAAAAACAUUCUAAAUAAAUAACUAAUGUAUUUGUUGGAAUAUCAUCAUUAAUUAUAAUAAUGCUGUUGAUAAUAAAAGAAAAGUUUGUAACAUGUACACGUUUAUUAUUGACGACAAUCAUAUUGAUACUGAUUGCACGUGUAUCUGGAUUUUAUUUGCCUGGUCUAGCGCCGGUUAAUUAUUGUGAAUUCAAUAAGCCAGCAGAUAAUUGUCGUUCAGACGUUAAACUAUAUGUUAAUCGUUUAGAUUCUGAGGAUUCAGUCAUACCGUAUGAAUAUUCUCAUUUUGAUUUUUGUCAAGCAAUCAAUCAAAAUGAAUCACCGGUUGAAAAUCUUGGUCAAAUUGUAUUUGGUGAACGUAUUCGAACUUCUCCAUAUAACAUUAGUUUUCUAAAAAAUGAACAAUGUAAAUUUCUAUGCCAUAAACAAUAUGAUACUUCAAAGCGUGAAGAUUUUGAAAAAUUAGAAUCAUUAAAAAAAGGUAUGAUGAAAAAUUAUCAACAUCGAUGGAUCGUCGACAAUAUGCCCGUCACAUGGUGCUAUGAUGUCGAAGGUGGACAGAAAUAUUGUUCAACUGGCUUUCCUAUGGGCUGUUAUGUUGAUAAAGAAGGCAUCGCUAGAGAUGCUUGUGUAAUGAACAUAUUAUUCAAUAAAAAGGAUACAUUUUAUCUUUUCAAUCAUGUUGAUAUCACUAUCACAUUUCAUAGUGGUCAAAAUGAAGCUUGGGGUGUUGGCUUUGGUGAUCAUGGUGGUCGAAUUACUGCUGUGAAUAUUGUACCAAAAAGCAUACAACAUAAACCAGAAUCACCAAUCGAUUGUCCACCCACCCCUUUUCCAAUGGAAAUUCCCAACGAAUUAAGUAAAGAUCAAAUAAUCGAUGUCUACUAUACAUAUUCAGUCUAUUUCUCACGUAAUGAUAAAAUAAAAUGGUCAUCGAGAUGGGACUAUAUACUCGAUUCAAUGCCACAUACUAAUAUUCAAUGGUUUUCGAUUCUUAAUUCAUUGGUCAUUGUACUAUUUCUUACCGGUAUGGUAGCUAUGAUUUUGCUUCGCACUCUUCAUAAAGAUAUUGCUCGAUAUAAUCAAAUUGAUCUUGAAGAUGAUGCUCAAGAAGAAUUUGGUUGGAAAUUAGUGCACGGGGAUAUAUUUCGUUCACCUCAACAUUCAAUGUUAUUGUCUGUGUUUCUUGGCUCUGGUGUUCAAGUCUUGUGUAUGGCAGUUAUCACAUUGUUUUUCGCAUGUCUUGGAUUUUUAUCACCAGCUAAUCGUGGUGCAUUAAUGACCUGUGCUCUAAUACUUUAUGUUUGUCUUGGUACACCAGCCGGUUUUGUUUCGGCACGUAUCUACAAAUCAUGUGGAGGUUAUCGUUGGAAAAUGAACGUCAUAUUAACAUCUCUUCUAUGUCCAGGAAUAGUGUUUUCGUUAUUUUUCGUUAUGAACAUCAUCUUAUGGAUAAAAGGUAGCUCGGCUGCCAUUCCAUUUUCAACAUUAAUCGCUUUAUUGGCAUUAUGGUUUCUGGUAUCACUUCCAUUAACAUUUGUCGGUGCUUAUUUCGGUUUCCGUAAACGUGCAAUUGAACAACCUGUUCGAACGAAUCAAAUUCCGCGACAGAUACCCGAACAAUCAGUAUAUACGAAACCAUUGCCCGGUAUUAUAAUGGGUGGAAUAUUACCAUUUGGCUGUAUAUUUAUUCAAUUAUUCUUCUUAUUGAAUAGUAUCUGGUCAAAUCAAACAUAUUAUAUGUUUGGGUUCUUGUUUCUGGUAUUUAUCAUAUUGAUAAUUACCUGUUCAGAAACAACAAUUCUUUUGUGUUAUUUUCAUCUAUGCGCUGAAGAUUAUCAUUGGUGGUGGCGAUCAUUUCUGACAUCUGGCUUUACCGCAUUCUAUUUGUUUGUUUAUUGUAUUCAUUAUUUUCUAACCAAGCUAACCAUCACCGGAACAAUAUCGACAUUAUUAUAUUUUGGCUAUACAUUAAUUAUGGUAUUCUUAUUCUUUUUAUUAACUGGUACGGUUGGAUUUUUCGCCUGUUUUUGGUUUGUACGAAAAAUCUAUAGUGUCGUCAAAGUGGAUUAACAAGAUGAACAAAUAAACAAACAAAAAAUCUGAUUGUAAUUGCAAUUAAAAUGAUCUAUUUUGAUGACCAAAAUAUAAUAAGAAAUAAAUCAAAC